UGUAGUUUUUUUAUAGUAAAGAUACAUGUUUUAACAAAAUAUGGAAGCUAACAAAAUAUCGAAUAUGCAGAUCAUGGAUCCUACUCUGAUCCCUGAUCAGAUUAAGACUGUUUGUGGGAAGACAUUUCAAUUUCUGAUAUGUAUUGCUCGGGACAAUCUUGCUGGUACUAAUGAUAGUUACAAGGUUGCUAAUGUCUGGGAAGGCAAUAAAUUCAUGGAAAUUGGUAAUGAAGCAUCGGAAAAUACAAUAGACCAAAUUAGUCUCACCCAUUCUGAACAGGCAUCACUAAUGAUUACUAAUGGCACUAAGCCAUAUGAAACUGAUCAUUCUUCCAGUCCAACUCCUUCGUCGAAGCGCAAAACAGAAUCGACUGACCCUAACAUUGAUCAAUCAUCUACAAGUAGGAAACAAUGUUCCAAUCUCUCUACUGAUUUCACCGAAGAUAAAGGAUAUUAUCUUACAAAGGAUUUGAAUGAAGUCAUUAGCUGUGAAGAUGUUGAUCAAGGAAAACCAUAG